AUGUCUUUACAGAUCUCCGAGAUGCCACGCAAUCGAGGCUACAGUGGGGAUAACUACUCAAGCAGCUAUAACUACGGCGACUCCUACACCACCAGCAGUGGCAGUGCAGGCCGAUCCGGUGGUUCUGGUCGUUAUGGCUCUGACUAUGACUACACUGGGUAUUACCAAGAUUCUGGCUCCUCCGGCGGCUAUGGCGGAAUGUCAAGCUUUUCAACAUCAAGCCUUGGUGGGAUGGGCAGCUUUGGAAGUAGUAGUUCCAGCUUCGACAAGUUACAGGAACAACUAAAUCUGAGAGAAUCUCAAUUGGCAAUGGCGAGCAACCUGCUACAGCAGCAGAGUCGACUGAUCGCUGAUGUCCAGAUGAAUGUACCAGAACAUGGUGGGCGGGACAGGAGGAACUAUGGACAGGACAGAAAGAGAUCGGGAUCUGAUUAUCGCAUGGACAACAAGCGCCGCAGAAGAGAUUCUGACGUAUGUAUGCUUGAACAUGCUUUAGCUGCAUCUAACAAAGCUUCUAUUAUGUGGUGA